CCCCACGCAGCGUCCCUGCCUCCCGGCCUCGUCGGUGCGUGCCCCUGCAACGGCAGUCUGCCCUCCGCCGCGCGGCGGGGCGGCUCGGUGGGCGGAGGCGGAGGGUUCCGCGCCCUGCUCCCGCCGGCGCUGCGCGGAGUGGCUGCAGCCCUGUGCGCUGGCCGAUGGCGCAGAGGGCCGAGCCCCCCGACGGGGGCUGGGGGUGGAUGGUGGUGCUCUCCGCGUUCUUCCAGUCGGCGCUGGUGUUCGGGGUGCUCCGCUCCUUCGGCGUCUUCUUCGUGGAACUGGUGGCGGCGUUUGAAGAGCAGGCGGCGCGGGUCUCCUGGAUCGCCUCCAUAGGGAUCGCGGUGCAGCAGUUUGGGAGUCCCGUGGGCAGCGCCCUGAGCACGAAGUACGGGCCCAGGCCCGUGGUGAUGGCCGGGGGCAUCUUGGCUGCGUCGGGGAUGCUGCUCGCCUCCCUUGCUACCUCCUUGACCCACCUGUACCUUAGUAUUGGGCUGCUCUCAGGCUCUGGCUGGGCCUUGACCUUCACUCCGACCAUGGCUUGCCUGUCCCGUUACUUCUCUCGACGGCGAUCCCUGGCCACAGGGCUGGCACUGACCGGGGUGGGCCUCUCUUCCUUCGCCUUUGCCCCACUUUUUCAAUGGUUGGUCAGCCGCUAUGCCUGGCGGGGGGCCCUGCUGCUGGUGUCUGCCCUCUCCCUCCACCUGGUAGCCUGCGGCGCUCUCCUCCGUCCACUGUCCCUGAGGGAGGACCCUGUCAUGGGCGGCCCUGGGACCCAGCUCACCUCCCUCCUGCAUCAUGGCCCCUUCCUCCGUUACACUGCUGCCCUCACGCUGAUCAACACUGGCUACUUCAUUCCCUACGUGCACCUGAUGGCCCACCUCCAGGACGUGGAUUGGGACCCACUGUCUGCUGCCUUCCUACUCUCGGUCGUGGCUAUUUCUGACCUCGUGGGACGUGUGGCUUCUGGGUGGCUAGCAGAUGCUGUCCCAGGACCUGUGGCACGACUCCUGAUGCUCUGGACUACCCUGACUGGGGUGUCACUGGCCCUGUUCCCCAUGGCUCGCGCUCCCACGGCCCUGAUGGCUCUGGCCGUGGCCUAUGGCUUCACAUCAGGGGCCCUGACCCCGGUGGCCUUCUCCAUGUUGCCUGAACUGGUGGGGACUGGAAGGAUAUACUGUGGCCUGGGCCUAGUACAGAUGGUCGAGAGCAUCGGGGGGCUGCUGGGGGCUCCUCUGUCAGGCUACUUCCGGGAUGUGACAGGCAACUACACAGUUUCUUUCGUAGUGGCUGGGGCCUUCCUUCUUGCAGGGAGUGGCAUCCUCAUCACUCUGCCUCACUUCUGCUCCUCGGCCUCCACCUCCACCUCCAAGCCCCGGGACCUUGUCACAGAGGCAGUGGAUACCAAAGUCUCUCUGACCAAGGAAGGGCUGGGAGAGGACUGA